AUGGGCGAAGUCUCAAGCGAUCGGAGCAAACUCUCGCAAAAGAAGAAAUGUAUACGAAUUGGUUGCAUCAUAGCAGCACUAGUGAUCGUUUGUCUAGUGGUAUCAAUUGCUAUCUAUUUGACAAUUACUAUCGCUCCAGAGGAAAGUCAGAAACUCGGAGGGAAAAAUAAAACAGUUCUUCCAGAAGCCACGAGCUCCAAAACUGCGAAUUUUACUGAGGAGGAAAAGUAUGGUUAUCAAAGUGCUACGACUUCCACGAAGGCGCCCUUCACUGAUGUGUUCAGUCAUCUAACUGGCAGUACCAUCGGUAUCUUACCGGUAUCUCAAUGUCCCCGAGCAGCAAAAUAUGGAAAAGGACCACCAUCCAAGUGUACCAUGCCAUCAGACCCCAAUAAUCUACCUCCGUCUGGUAUAAAAAAAUGGUUUACCAAAGAAACUUUCAAUGACCUAUUUCCAUUCGCAAACCUCGGUUGGGGUUCAAAUCCAUGCUUUCCAUACUCCUACGAGUCUUUCGUCAUUGCCGCGAGAUACUUCCCAAAUUUCGGAACUAGCAGUCCAAAUUCGAUCUUUACACCGAUGGAGAACACACGAAGAGAUUUAGCUGCAUUCUUUGCUCACGCUGUACAAGAAACAGGCGAGAAUAAUGCUGCACUUUAUAGUGGCCGUUCACCAAGCGAUGCAUCUGACUGUUUCUACAGAGGUGGUUUCUACAACUGGUUUGAGGGUGGCCCAGUCAGCUCGUUCCUAGACCAGAGCUCACCUGGCUAUGACCCGAAAGAUGGCGCUAAAUGCAUUGGAGCUGGAAGAUAUUGCGUUGCUGCACCUGACAUCAGUUACUUCUAUCCUUGCUCAAAUGGUACCGAUGGGAAAUUCUACAAAGGAUGCUAUUUUGGCAGAGGAGCUAUACAGAUCUCCUAUAAUUAUAACUAUGGCCAAUUUAUGGACUUCCUGAAGACCAAAAAUAUAACCGUUGACCUUCUGAAAGAGCCGAAUCUAAUCAUGACCAACAUGAAUCCACCACUUGCUAUGCUUGCUUCCUUGUGGUUCUAUAUGACACCGCAACCACCAAAACCAGCUAUGCAUGACAUUGUAAUGGGAACAUGGAACAGUGGACCUCGAAACGCAGCCGCUGGUUAUACUGGUCCCAUAUUUGGACCCACCAGUCUUAUCAUCAACAAUGAGUGCAAUGGAGAGGAUAAGGAUGAGCCAGGAGGUCCCGGUGAAUCUCGUCGUAUCAAAGCGUUCAAAUGGUUCUGCUCCUAUUUUGGUGUACCAGCUGGAGCUGAUAAGGUGCUGACCUGUAAAGAUAUGCCUGUGAAACUUGAUGCUUUGCGAUAUAAAUACAGUUAUCAACCCGACUGGAGCAGCACAUGGAGAGAAGAGCCGUGCAAUUGUGCUCCAGCUGGAUAUGGAGGACUGAUACCAUACUUUGACCCUGCCUACUAUCCACAAGAGUUCGUCCAAAUGAAUGAACGCAAUCGACUUCGAUGUGUGGCUAGCGUUUACGAUAACCCAUCCAUGUACAGCCUCAAUAACUUCACAUCUCCUUGCCUUAAUCACUGA